AAAACUGGGCAGAGCGACGGAUUUCUAUCCCCGCCUUCAUGAAAAAAAAACCUUUCAGUGGAUGAUGCUCAUUUUAGAAAGACCGGCCGGGACGUCUGCUUGUGGUAAAAGCAAACACAGUCAUAAUACUGAACAGUUACCUUUUUUUAGGGCUCUAACGGAUAUGUGAUGAGCGGACCGAACAUCACACGGCAGGAAAUUAUAUGUGAUACAUUUCGGUUUUUUUGCAAGAGGAAUUAUUUCACACUUCGAGAUUUGAGAAGAGAACACAAAUCUUAAAAGUUAACCUAUUCGCGUACAGUCCAUUUUUUUUUUUACAAUAAGAAUAUGAGUUUUAUCUAAGUUUCUUCUUUUGCUCGUUUUUUUUUUCAACAAUGCGGGUUAUUCUAGCUUCAGUGAUUUUGCUCUACGUUCAUGCUUUUGUUGGGGCAGAGCCCAAAUCCAAGUGUCCAGCUCGUUGUGAUGUGAGCAAAUGUCCAAGCCCGAGUUGUCCCAGCGGCUACGUUCCUGACCGCUGCAACUGCUGUCUUGUAUGCGCCCAAGCAGAAGGUGAUCCUUGCGGGCGCAAAGACGAUCUGCCAUGCGGAGACGGACUCGAGUGCAAGCAUCCAGCUGGAAAGCGACUUUCUAAAGGCGUGUGCAAGUGCAGAUAUAGCAGUAAAGUCUGCGGUAGUGACGGGAACACGUACGGCAACAUCUGUCAGCUAAAGGCUGUUAGUCGAAAAGCACUGCAGCAAGGUCUACCGGGCGUAACUAAUGUACACAAAGGACCGUGUGAAACCAAUAAAGGUCCCACACACCCCAACAGUCCCAGGUUCAAAUUCAACUUCAUUGCUGAUGUGGUAGAGAAGAUUGCUCCAGCAGUGGUUCAUGUUGAGCUUUUUCUCAGUCACCCCUUGUUUGGCCGGACCGUACCACUGUCAAGUGGAUCAGGGUUUGUGAUAUUGGACACUGGGCUGAUCGUGACCAACGCCCAUGUAGUAUCCAGCACCACAUCUGUUUCGGGUCAACAGCAGCUCAAAGUGCAGAUGCAUGACGGAAACGUUUAUGAAGCUACCAUCAAAGACAUUGACAAGAAGUCUGACAUUGCCACUAUCAAAAUCAACCCACAGAAAAAACUGCCGGUCCUGCUGCUGGGUCAUUCCACAGACCUGCGGCCUGGGGAGUUUGUGGUGGCCAUUGGCAGUCCGUUUGCCCUGCAGAACACUGUGACGACAGGCAUCGUGAGUACGGCACAAAGAGAUGGCAAGGAACUGGGACUCCGUGACUCAGACAUGGAUUACAUCCAAACUGACGCCAUCAUCAAUUAUGGCAAUUCAGGUGGUCCACUUGUCAACUUAGAUGGAGAGGUAAUUGGAAUCAACACCCUAAAAGUGGCAGCGGGGAUCUCCUUUGCCAUACCUUCAGACAGGAUAACCCGCUUCCUCAAUGACUCCAUGGGGAGGCAAAGCAAAGAAGCAAGAUCAGUGAAGAAGCGGUUCAUUGGAAUUCGUAUGCUCACCAUUACUGAAACCCUUGUGGAGGAGCUGAAGGAGCAGAACCCCGACUUUCCUGAUGUCAGCAGUGGGAUUUAUGUCCAUGAGGUCGUUCCUCACUCUCCUGCUCAAAAAGGGGGUAUAAAGGAUGGAGACAUCAUUGUGAAACUGAAUGGCCAGCCACUAGUGAGCACCAUUGACCUGAAAGAGGCACUAACGGAGGACACUGCCUUCCUUCUGGAGGUCCGCCGUGGCAACGAUGACCUGCUCUUCAACAUUGAGCCCGAUGUCAUCAUGCAGUGAAGGAAAAACACGCUGCAUAGCUUUGAAUCUGAUGUCAUAAUGCAGGGACAGCUCAUAGUAACGGAAUAAGAAAUGGCAGUCACACCUAACGCCCAAAGCAUUAGAUGGAUAGGCUUUGUUAUCUAUCGGCUUACCAUGAAACCGUAUGGAACCUGUCAGGAACUGUUUUUUGGGCACUACAUCUACAAAAGGAGGAUACAACAGGCCGUUUUGUGACAAAAUAUUGUUCAUCUUUGGACAUGGAUAUUUGUUGUUAUUUAGUUUAGGGUGAAUAUGUGAGGUUUUGUAAAGUACUGUAUUGCUUUUUAAUGACAAUGCUAGUGAUAUGGAAAAGCAGCUAAACCAUUCCAAAGGCUAGAGAGAACAUGAGAGAAAGUGAAAGUACAUAUGGUUAAUCAUCAUGACAUGUAAUUGCAAAGCAAUUUAUGUAAAGACAUGACACCUUGGACAGGUAUUGUCUGUAUUACUAUGACUAAAAAGAUUGGAAAAAAGAAAAUGAAUGUCCUGAAUUAUCACGCUGUAUAAAAUGUGACUCACACAUCCUGUUGCUGUUUAGUUUAUACUUAUUUUGACCCUUUAUAUCUUCUUUUAUAGCAAGUGUAAGCAUACAUGUUUGUUUAGAGUCAGAAUGUUUACAGUCAUGUCUGUUGGCUCACGCCAAUAAAGGCAGAAUUUCUAAUCA